AUGUACUAUGUGAGCAUUUUACUAACAGAAGAUGCUGUCGUGGAGCCCCAGAAGAAGAAGCAGCUUCGUCCGACUGUGUCCGAUGUUCCUGUCUGCUCAGAGCAUAGCAGAACCGAGGUCCCAGAGCCUCCAGUCCAGACCACUACAAGUUCCCAGCUUGACAGUCCCUUUCCUUCUGCCCAGCUGGAUCCUGAGACCAGAGAUGUAGCAAGUCAAGGUGUUAUAACAUCAUAUCCAGAAUGCCUUCAUGAUUUGGCAGAGGAGCUGAGAUGUUCCCAGUCCUGGACCAGAGAGCUUUGGUCUCGUGUCAAUGAUCUGGAGCAACUCCUGGGGCCAGAGGUGGAGCAGCGAAGCUCUGUGCAGCCCCGCCAGAGUGAGGAGCUGCAGAUAGACCUAGAGCGGUCGCUGGUGGAGGAACUGGAGCUGGAGUGCGGAGUUCUAAGGGCCAGGCAGAUCAUCUGUGAUAUCCAACGUAAAGUGGUGAUUCUGCAUAAUCGCCUGCAGGAUUUAGCAAGCUCUUUCCCUGCCUCCAGAUCUCAGGCUGUGCCCAUGCAUCUGGCUCUUCCGCCCUCAUCUGUCCUGUCGCCGCCUGUGCCUUCUACCCCACUGCUGUCUUCUACGGUUUGGCACUUGUUCUCUAAGAUCCCAAAAAAGUCGGCCACAAAAGCAGCUGCAGAGACCUCACCACAGAGAAAGAAGGAGGCUCAUGGAGAACCUCUCUCUCCAAGGCAGAACCUGAUGAAGGAAAUGCUAGAAACCAUCCGCCAAGGUGUCUCUCUAAAGCCAGUGUGCUUAUCCAGAGAGGAUGCAACAUCCCAAGUGCAAGAUACAUCCUCUUUGGAACAUGAGCAGGAGUCUCUGAGCAAGGAAAGGAGCUCUGAAACAGUUGCCCCACUGGAUUCUUGCAGCAGCCCAGCUGGUUCCAGCCAAACUCCUCAGCCCCUUGGGAGCUCCAUCCAAAGAACUAACAAUGCAGCCUCUCCUGGUCUGCCUACUGCCCGGGCUCACAGUGAAAUCGGCUGCCCAGACAGGACAUGGGAGAAACCUGGCAGAAGAUCUCAAGACGAUGAUAACAAAGGUACCGGUGCCCUUCUGCAAACCGCCCCUCAAGGGGAAGGGGACCACCUCAAAGAAGAGAACUCUAGCAACUCCCCAACCAGCUUGGACACCAUUCGUCAGACACCGGAGGAUGCUGAAGCAAUGGACAGCAGCACAUCUCCAAGCAGCCAGGACCAUCAAGCUGUGGAGGAGGAAAGCUGCAAAGAUGAACCGCAUGCAGAAGCUGUCAUGGCUGGUGAGAUGUGGGAGGAGAUGCAGAGUGAAGCCCCAGCCAGCGUGAUGGCUAAACUUCUUGGUGAAGGCUCUGGGGAAGUGGAUCAUGGAGCAGGCAGGGAUCCUCUGAAGAUUGCUGAGCUUAAUGCCUGCAAGGAUCUGUCCCUUCACAUCAGUUGCUCAAAGGUGGAUCUGCUGGAGGAUGACAGAGGCCAGGACAUGCGUGGUGCAGUAGUUGUCUCCUGCCUGGAUGAUGCUGAUGCUCUGAGACAAAGUGCUGAACCAACCCUGCCUGCCCAAGAGCAUCCCAGCCCUGUGGUCUCCACAGGAACCCCAGGAGAACAGCCAGCCUUGAACCCUCUGGUUGCCUGUGAUGUAGAACCUAAUACCUCUCCAGAGGGUGGAGACCUUGCCAAGGGAGAGCCUGUGCUUCCAGCUGGUUCCCAUGUUGCUCUGGAAAGGAACUCGCCAGAGGGAGCAGAAAUGGUACUGGAAGGGGGAGCUGGGGUCAGUGCUUCAACAGAACAAAGCAGCUCCCUAAAGGAUAGCGCAGCUGCAAUGGCUCUCUUGUUACCAGGAGCAAAAGGGCAGCCUCCAGCAGAGAUGCAGCUGACUGCUGUGCCAGACCUGCUCUUGGAGGCUGGCCCUGUUGCCUCCUCUGACUCCAAGACCAGCCCUGUGGUCUUGGGCUCUCCUUGAGACUAUGGGAGAAGUGUGUAGCCUAGAACCAGAGCAACAGCUCUCGGCAGUAGCAGCAGCUCAGCCUGGUUCUGAGACCUACUAGGACUGGGGGGGAAGGGAUGGGAGUUGCCAGUUUGUGCAAACACUAAGCUAUGCAGUCCUGAGGAUAACAGAGGCACCACUAACUUAAGACCCUGUUUGCUGUAGAAUGACUGGACUUUUCUUAGUAAAUCUAAACUUGAUCCAGAUGCACAUGCCAUGGAAAAUAGUGAUGGGGAAACCUUGGCCUCCUUACUGGAUGCUUAAGAGCAUAAAAUGGAAACACUGUGCCAGUUCAAAGAAUUAGUGGGCUGAGGGGGAGGAAUCACUGGGGCUGGUCUCAACACUUUUGGCCUUCUAAUGGCCCCUACAGAUGGAAAGGCGUGUGCAUUUUUAACCAAUUAAUGAAGCUUUAUGCAAGCCCUUCUGGGAUUUAAUCAAGUUGGGGACCCCCUGGUUUUAAUUCUGCAAGAUGGUUGAUUGUAGACUAUGCCCGUCUUCUCAAUGUAGCAUUAAGCAAUCCUUUAUUGGAUUCAAAUAAAAGGUCUUUUUACA